AUGCACGCCCAUGACCUAUCUCUCUCCCUCGCUCUGCCUCCAUCCCUCCUCCCAGCCCCCUCCUACUUAUUACGCUCCCACCACUUCCCCAUGCUCGACAUCCCUGGCUUCAUCCACCCCAUCUCAGUCCACUCCCUCGACGAUCUCCCCUCCCUCAUGGGCCGCCUCGUUCCCUCCUUGUCGCCCCGUGCGCUCUCCCAUGCUCCUACCCGCUCCCAUCCCAAUGCCCCCUACUUCCACCACUGCCCCAUGCUCGCCAUUCCCGGCUUCAUCCACCCCGUCUCAAUCCAUUCCCUCAACGAUGUACCAUCCCUCAUGGCCCGCCACAUGCCAUCGGUGCCGCGCAAAGUGCUGCACAUCAAGUACAGCUGUGCUGACGAGGACGAACUCCGUGCUGAGCUGGCGGCGACGAUCAUGAGUAUGCAGGGAGGAUGGAUAGAUCAUGUGCUUCCUGCCCGUGUGUGA